AUGAGGAACAGGAAAAGGCUGUUAGUGAAGCCUGCUUUCACCAAAAGGCGUCUGGCCUACCAAGCCCAAGCUCUGGUCUCUGCCCUAAGGCCCUCUACAAUGUGCAGCUCUGGAGAAAAGCAUCAACCACCUGGACCCUGCUUCAAGUGCGGCCAGGAGGGGCACUGGGCAAGGCCAUGCCCUAAACCUCACCCUCCCCAGGCACCAUGUCGGCUGUGCAAUCAAAAGGGACACUGGAAGCCCAACUGCCCCUCUGCACCUAGCUAUGGAAGUUCAGUCCUCCCUCCCCUGACUUGCUGCCUUCGGUCCUGGGCCUGUCCGCUGAAGACCAAGGAUGCCCUGCUUCACCAACUGAUCACCCUUGUCCAGGCUAGGGUAAAGAUCCAGGUAGCGGAAAUUAUUCCUCAUUUUGGCCUUCCUUCUUCCUGUCAAGCUAAUAACGGCUUGGCCUUUAUUUCCCAGGUAGCACGACAGGUGUCUUUGGCCCUAGGACACAGCCUAGUCUCAGCUCAGGAACUUUCAGUUAAACCCCAGACAGUCUGGGUCGCGCCGCCCCCCAGCCGCGCGGCCGCCUGCCAAGAGUUCGAGACCUCCCCAUCCGGAUGUGAUGAAAAGGAGGAACAGAGGGAGAAGUGUGUGAGCCUGGCCGGAGUGGUGGAAGGGGGAAGGAGAGGCAGAGGCGGGGAGGGUGGCCUAGGGUCGUCCCCGUCCCCGGGAGCCCGGCAGGCCCGAGCCAGCGGGCUUGAAAGAGGGGGCGGAGCGCGCGCAGGCAGAGCCACCGCCGCGGUUGCCGCCACCGCGACGACGUCUGGGCUGAGCCCCGGGGGAGGCGGGAGGGACGCGCCGGGGCGGCCGCCGCUGUCGUCAGGCGCCCGGAGCGCGCGCGAUGCGGCCCUGGCCCGAGCCUCGCUAACUUUCUGGGGGCAGAAGAGGAGGAGGCCCCGAGGGGGCUUGGCGCGCCCUCGCGGGAGGAAGGGAUGCCGAGAAGCAGCGAGUUCCCAGCACCCGAGACCUAGGAGGCCGUCCUCGUGUGCGCCCCGCGGGGCGGCGAGCGGGCUGCGGGGCGGCGCGGGCUCGGCGGAGCGGCCCAUGUCCGGCGCGGGCGAAGCCCUCGCUGCCCCGGCCGGGGCGGGCGGCGGCCGGCUGGGUUCCCCGGCCCCGGAAAAAUGUAAUAAAGAAAAUACUGAGAAAGAUAUCAAUCAAGCUACCAAAAGCUGCUUCACACAUGGAGAGAUGCAAGAGCAGUCCAUUUGGGGAAAUUCUUCAGAUGGUGAACUCAUCAGAACCCAACCCCAGCGUCUGCCUGAGCCACAGACUUCAGUUCAGGAACCCAGUGAGGAAGAAACAGGCAAGAUAAAGAAUGGAGGCCAUGCAAAUCUGAGUAAUGGAAAUGGAAUUCACCAUGGGACCAAACAUUCCUCCACAGAUCAUCGCAAACUUUCAGCUCCUGUUUCUCAGAAAAUGCAUAGAAAAAUACAGUCCAGCUUGUCUGUAAACAAUGAUGUCAGUAAGAAGAGUAAAGUAAAUGCUGUCUUUUCCCAAAAGACAGGCUCUUCACCUGAAGACUGUUGUGUCCACUGUAUCCUGGCAUGCUUGUUCUGUGAAUUCCUGACCCUCUGCAAUAUUGUCCUGGGACAAGCUUCUUGUGGGAUCUGCACCUCGGAAGCCUGCUGCUGUUGCUGUGGCGAUGAGAUGGGGGACGACUGUAACUGUCCUUGUGACAUGGACUGUGGCAUCAUGGAUGCCUGUUGUGAAUCAUCAGACUGUCUGGAAAUCUGUAUGGAAUGCUGUGGAAUUUGUUUCCCUUCAUAAGUAUUUAUCCUUCGUUUGUGUUCAAACUGGAGAAUGUUUAAUUUUUUUUCCUUUAAAGGGGGAGAAAUUCUCAUGAAGCAAUUCAGUAUUUGCACUGUGCAGUCAUUAUAUUAAGUAGUCUCUGAAAGCCUUCCCUCCCCUCACAAAUCCAUAUGGUUUAAUAUGUGAAAAGCUAACUAGCUUGUAUUAACCAAGGGACAUGUUAAAUGGCUCCUCUUUUUCUGUUGAUAUUUCUGUUUCAUCUACGCUUUUUCAGGAGCCAUGUACUCCAAAUAUAUUAUUUCUUAGUGAGUAUUUAAUCCCAACCAUUUAUUUUUCGUUACUUAUCUAUUAGAAGCUAAAACUAAGCAUUCUUUAUUUUCAGCAAACUUUGGCAAACAGACACACCAUCGCUGGGAAGCACUUGUUCAGCAGAUGUUGAAUGUCUGCUUUGGGUGCGGUGUUGCCCAGGCCAUGUAAGGGACAGCAUCUCUUUCCCAUCUAUAGUUCUCAGCAGUAUGCACUGCAGCAGACAAUGAACUAUCUCAUAAGGCAUACUGAAAUGAACAUUGUAAUAGGAGAAACGUAAAACACCAUAGGAAAAAAACCAAGAGAAUUACCAGAAUACAAAACAAGGCUUGAACAAGAUGUGGCAUUCUAGGCAACCUCUUAGGAUGGCUACUUGAUCUGCUACUAGAAUAAGUUAUUUAGGUUUAAGCUUGUCUUCUCAUGGACAGUCUGAACUGUGUGUUCUUUAUAGUUAAAAGAAACAUGUCUUUGUAAACUUGCCUUUUAGUUGUAACAAUACAACAUAAAUAUUAUGCUAUAUUUUUUAUGAAAACAUACUACCUAAUUAACAUAUAGUCCUCACAAACUUUUGACAAACUAAAUUGGAUUUUUUAAAAUACCGAAACGCAGGUAUCCUGAUUUCAACUUUUCAAAGGCUUUCUUUUGUUUUGUAAAAUGUAGGUGUUUUGGGAGAAGGGUGUGGAUUGUAUAUUUUGGAUUGUUUCUUACCCAGUGCUAUAUAUCAUAAGCACAUUGAUUUCUAGUGCAGAAAACCUGGGAUUUUAGUGCAGAGAAGCUCACAAAUUCCCUGCUGUGACCAAAUUUUAGUGUUAUAAUUCUCUGUCAAACUUGGCCUAUGUGGCAGGUUAUCAAGAUCCCCAAGUAUGAAGAAGUAUGUCAGUUAUAAGAUUUAUAUACAUAUAUAUAUAUGUUUUGCAUAUAUAUAAUAUAGUAUACAUAUAUAUAUAGUAAUUGGAGUAAUAGAUAUUGUGUCACUCAAUUGGAAGGCAGAAUACUUUCAAACUAUGCAUUCUCCUGAGGUUGAACAUUCCCAAAAUUGUACUUUAGUUUACUUCAAUAUGACCCUUUUAGAAGUUUUGAAAGUAUACAUUGUGAGUCGUACUUAUUACUAGUUUUAUUUAACUGAAUAUCAAGUAGAUAAUAACAACAUUAACAGCACAUUUUAGGAAGCCUUUAGCAAAUCUAGGCUUUUAAGAGAGCUAGACAUUUUCUUUAAUCCUGUGUCAUGACAAUGUUACCUAUAGUUUUCCUUUGAGACAAAGCCUAGUUUUGAAUUAUGUUAUUUAUUUAAAAGGUUUGAAAAAAGAAAGAAAAACAGCAAACUCUCGAAACUUUUAGUGCUAUUUGCAUACACACAACUUUUACAUUGUUAGGAUGUUAAAAUGUAGCUGUUUCCCUCAUUUUUCCCUAGAGUUUUAAUUAUUAUAUUAGAUAUAAAAAUUUGAAUAUAAUUCUAUCUAUCAUGAGUUAACUUAAGCUUGCACAUUAGAGUAAGAAUCGCAUCUGUUUAUAAUGUAAGCCUCUUAGUGAUCUGGAAUUCUUAGAAUAUUUGACUUUUAAUCCUAUACCAUUUUUCAACCAAGUGAUCUCUCUUGACUUUUAAAUGUAUCCUGCUACUACUUGUAAUGAACAUAUUAACACAUUUGAAGUGUUUCUCUGUAGCAGAGGAUGUCCUGGAGACCAGUUAUGUUUUCUGACUUCUGUGUUUGUUUUUUCCCCUCAGUUGUCUAUUCCAGGCAGUCAUUCCGUGAAGCAUUUUGUAUAAUUCAGAAGGAAAUAGAAGAAGGAAUCAGGAGUAGCAGAGUAGGCAAAUGUGAAAAGAUACUCAAUAUGUUUUAGAAUUUCUGUAUUUACAAUGUUUUGUUGAAUUAUAUUAUCCUUAUUCAGCACUGUAAUUGAGCUAGGUAUUUGGUCUCUUUUUAAAUGUGGAAAAUUAAUCUUAAAUAUUUUUAAACUGGACCUGUAUUAUCCUGAAUAUUGUAAAAUUAAACAAUGACUUCUUUAUUGUACUUUAGCCUACUUUCAUACUUAAGUGCUAUGUGACUUUAUAUUUGAAUGACUUCUACUAUAACUAAGAUUUUGCCUGUUAUAUCCCUUUCUGAAGACUUCCUUGUUUCCUAUGUAAAUCAUUUGACACAUGGCCACAUAUGGACUUUAAAGAUACAGAACAUUGGCUAACACAAGUCAUGAUAUCAAAAUAUAGUGCUCUUGUAAAAACUCA